AUUUGCCUCCUUCGCCUGAGCGGUGUGGGAGCUUUGUCUUCUUUAUGGCCAUCCCCAAACCGGUGCCGGCACGUAGCAGGUGUCCAGUAGCUACUUGUUGGAUGAAUGAAUGGAAGGGUGGACAAGCGAGCGAAUGGGAGUCACCGCGCUGUGUUUCUUGCCGCUGUGCUGUGCGCUGUCAUUGCCCCGUGUGUUCCUGGGAUCCCCGGUUUCCUCCAUGCUGACUCCCCUCUACUCUGCCCCUGCAGAGGAAGGCGAGUACUUCCUGAAGGUGCUGAUCCCCAGCUACGCAGCGGGCUCCAUCAUUGGCAAGGGCGGGCAGACCAUCGUGCAGCUGCAGAAAGAGACGGGGGCCACCAUCAAGCUCUCCAAGUCCAAAGACUUCUACCCCGGAACCACAGAGCGGGUAUGCCUAGUCCAGGGCACAGCAGAGGCCUUGAACGCUGUGCACAGCUUCAUUGCCGAGAAGGUCCGAGAAAUCCCACAGGCGAUGACCAAGCCUGAAGUGGUCAACAUCCUUCAACCCCAAACCACGAUGAACCCCGACAGAGCCAAGCAGGCCAAGCUGAUCGUCCCCAACAGCACGGCAGGCCUGAUCAUCGGCAAGGGGGGCGCGACGGUGAAAGCCGUGAUGGAGCAGUCAGGUGCGUGGGUGCAGCUGUCGCAGAAGCCCGAGGGCAUCAACCUGCAGGAGCGCGUGGUGACGGUCAGCGGCGAGCCCGAGCAGGUGCACAAGGCCGUGAGCGCCAUCGUCCAGAAGGUACAGGAAGACCCCCAGAGCAGCAGCUGCCUCAACAUCAGCUACGCCAACGGGGGCUUCCUGACGGCGGAGAAGUUGGCAGCCGAGAGUGCCAAGGAGCUGGUGGAGAUUGCGGUGCCUGAGAACCUGGUGGGAGCCAUCCUGGGCAAGGGGGGCAAGACGUUGGUGGAGUACCAGGAGCUGACAGGCGCCCGCAUCCAGAUCUCCAAGAAGGGCGAGUUUCUGCCAGGCACGCGGAACCGGCGGGCCACGGGCAGCCCCGCGGCCACGCAAGCCGCUCAAUACCUCAUCAGCCAGCGGGUCACCUACGAGCAGGGGGUGAGGGCCUCAAAUCCCCAGAAAGUGGGAUGAGGCCUGUGGUGUCUGCUCCCGCUCUCCUCCCCCUCCUCCUCCUCCCCUCCCCACUCCUGACCUCGCUUGGUGUGGUCCUGCCCCUGUGGGAUGGGGCUGGGUAGGCCUGGCUGCACCUCCCCUCGGUAGUCAUAGGCAGGAUUGAGUGAUGAUUGGGGUCGGGGCUCAGAAGCCCCCGCCUCAGCCCUGAACUGACCCCCCCUCCUCCCACCCUGUGCUUGACUGGGCCUGACCCUCCUCUCCCAGGGCCCAGGUCUGUGUGAUAUCUGUAUAUAUUGCAUUUUGUUGAUUUUAAUAGAAAACAAAGCGUUAUUUUCUCUUUC